CCGACACAGGGCCCUGGGGCCCUCUGUCCUCCAUGCCUGAAGCCGUCCCUUUGAGGCAAGACCUACCCAUCCCCUGCAUAGCCAGUGGGCCCCCAGGUGCCACAGCCCCUGACCAUGUAGAUGCCAGCUCCAGGGAGCAGCAUGGGCCUCGCUGAAUGGAGACUCCUGGGUCUGCAGCCCUGAGCCCCGCUGGCCCCUGGACUUUGCCCCACGCUCGGGGACAUCCCUGGGAGCUCACCGCCACUGUUGCCAGCCCACCUCAGCCACAGCCUCCCCCUGGGACUGGCAGUUGGCUGCCUGGAGCUGCAGCCGUCCAGUGAGGGUGUGCUAAGGACAGCCACAUACACCAUCACCCAGAAGCCUGGUGUCCAGUGCUGGCCCUCAGGCCCAUCCCAGAGGGGACUUCAGCAAACAUGGGUGAUAUGACCAACAGUGACUUUUACUCCAAAAACCAAAGAAAUGAGUCGAGCCAUGGGGGUGAGUUCGGGUGCACGAUGGAGGAGCUCCGCUCCCUCAUGGAGCUGAGGGGCACAGAGGCAGUGGUCAAGAUCAAGGAGACUUAUGGGGACACUGAAGCCAUCUGCCGGCGCCUCAAGACCUCACCUGUGGAAGGUUUGCCGGGUACCGCACCAGACCUGGAAAAAAGAAAGCAGAUUUUUGGGCAAAACUUCAUACCUCCAAAGAAGCCAAAAACCUUCCUGCAGCUCGUAUGGGAAGCACUGCAGGAUGUGACGCUCAUCAUCCUGGAAAUUGCGGCCAUCAUCUCCCUAGGACUGUCCUUCUACCACCCGCCCGGCGAGAACAACGAAGGAUGUGCGACAGCCCAGGGCGGGGCUGAGGAUGAAGGAGAGGCAGAAGCAGGGUGGAUUGAGGGGGCCGCCAUCCUGCUCUCGGUCAUCUGUGUGGUGCUGGUCACAGCCUUCAAUGACUGGAGCAAAGAGAAACAAUUCCGGGGCCUGCAGAGCCGCAUUGAGCAGGAGCAGAAAUUCACCGUGGUCAGGGCUGGCCAGGUGGUCCAGAUCCCUGUGGCUGAGAUCGUGGUAGGGGACAUCGCCCAGAUCAAAUAUGGCGACCUCCUACCUGCUGAUGGCCUCUUCAUCCAAGGCAACGACCUCAAGAUCGACGAAAGCUCCCUGACCGGGGAGUCGGACCAGGUGCGCAAGUCUGUGGACAAGGACCCCAUGCUGCUGUCAGGAACGCAUGUGAUGGAGGGCUCAGGACGGAUGGUGGUGACUGCCGUGGGUGUGAACUCUCAGACUGGCAUCAUCUUUACAUUGUUGGGUGCUGGUGGUGAAGAGGAAGAAAAGAAAGACAAAAAAGCCAAGCAGCAGGAUGGGGCAGCUGCCAUGGAGAUGCAGCCACUCAAGAGCGCCGAAGGUGGUGAUGCCGACGACAAGAAGAAGGCCAACAUGCACAAGAAGGAGAAGUCCGUGCUGCAGGGCAAACUCACCAAGCUGGCUGUACAGAUUGGCAAGGCAGGCCUGGUGAUGUCGGCCAUCACGGUGAUCAUCCUGGUGCUGUACUUCACCGUGGACACCUUCGUGGUGAACAAGAAGCCAUGGCUGCCCGAGUGCACGCCUGUGUAUGUGCAGUACUUCGUCAAGUUCUUCAUUAUCGGUGUGACGGUGCUGGUGGUCGCAGUGCCUGAGGGCCUCCCAUUGGCUGUCACCAUCUCACUGGCCUACUCAGUGAAGAAAAUGAUGAAGGACAACAACCUGGUCCGCCACCUGGAUGCCUGUGAGACCAUGGGCAACGCCACAGCCAUCUGCUCGGACAAGACAGGCACACUGACCACCAAUCGCAUGACCGUGGUACAGGCGUAUGUGGGUGACGUCCACUACAAGGAGGUCCCUGAGCCCAGCUCCAUCAACGCCAAGACUAUGGAACUACUGGUCAAUGCCAUCGCCAUCAACAGCGCCUACACCACCAAGAUCCUGCCCCCAGAGAAGGAGGGCGCCCUGCCCCGGCAGGUGGGCAACAAGACGGAGUGUGGCCUGCUGGGCUUCGUGCUGGACCUGAAGCAGGACUACGAGCCCGUGCGCAGCCAGAUGCCAGAGGAGAAGCUGUACAAAGUGUACACCUUCAACUCCGUGCGCAAGUCCAUGAGCACCGUCAUCAAGAUGCCCGACGAGAGCUUCCGCAUGUACAGCAAAGGCGCUUCGGAGAUCGUGCUCAAGAAAUGCUGCAAAAUCCUCAAUGGAGCGGGCGAGCCCCGGGUCUUCCGGCCUCGAGACCGGGACGAGAUGGUGAAGAAGGUGAUCGAGCCGAUGGCCUGCGAUGGGCUGCGCACCAUCUGUGUGGCCUACCGUGACUUCCCCAACACCCCCGAGCCCGACUGGGACAAUGAGAACGACAUCCUCAAUGACCUCACAUGCAUCUGCGUGGUGGGCAUUGAGGACCCCGUGCGGCCUGAGGUCCCCGAAGCCAUUCGCAAGUGCCAGCGAGCAGGCAUUACAGUUCGCAUGGUCACUGGUGACAAUAUCAACACGGCCCGGGCCAUCGCCAUCAAAUGUGGCAUCAUCCACCCAGGGGAAGACUUCCUGUGCCUGGAGGGCAAAGAGUUCAACCGGAGGAUCCGCAACGAGAAGGGGGAGAUUGAGCAGGAGCGAAUCGACAAGAUCUGGCCAAAGCUGCGAGUGCUGGCUCGCUCUUCCCCCACGGACAAGCACACUCUGGUCAAAGGCAUCAUCGACAGCACACACACGGAGCAGCGGCAGGUGGUGGCUGUGACCGGGGACGGGACCAAUGAUGGGCCUGCACUCAAGAAGGCUGAUGUGGGCUUCGCCAUGGGCAUUGCAGGCACUGAUGUGGCCAAAGAGGCCUCAGACAUCAUCCUCACCGACGACAACUUCAGCAGCAUUGUGAAGGCUGUGAUGUGGGGCCGCAACGUCUACGACAGCAUCUCCAAGUUCCUGCAGUUCCAGCUGACUGUCAACGUAGUGGCUGUGAUAGUGGCCUUCACGGGCGCCUGCAUCACACAGGACUCCCCCCUGAAGGCCGUGCAGAUGCUCUGGGUGAACCUCAUCAUGGACACUUUCGCCUCCCUGGCGCUGGCCACCGAGCCACCCACGGAGACCUUGCUGCUGCGGAAGCCAUACGGCCGCAACAAGCCCCUCAUCUCGCGGACCAUGAUGAAGAACAUCCUGGGCCACGCCGUGUACCAGCUCACCCUCAUCUUCACGCUGCUCUUUGUUGGCGAGAAGAUGUUCCAGAUCGAUAGUGGGAGGAACGCGCCACUACACUCACCGCCCUCUGAGCACUACACCAUCAUCUUCAACACCUUCGUCAUGAUGCAGCUUUUCAACGAGAUCAAUGCCCGCAAGAUCCAUGGUGAACGCAAUGUCUUUGACGGCAUCUUCCGAAACCCCAUCUUCUGCACCAUCGUGUUGGGCACCUUCACCAUCCAGAUAGUGAUCGUGCAGUUUGGAGGGAAGCCGUUCAGCUGCUCCCCACUGCAGCUGGACCAGUGGAUGUGGUGCAUAUUCAUCGGGUUGGGAGAGCUGGUCUGGGGCCAGGUCAUCGCCACCAUCCCAACAAGCAGGCUCAAGUUCCUGAAGGAGGCGGGCCGGCUCACGCAGAAGGAGGAGAUCCCCGAGGAGGAGCUCAAUGAGGAUGUGGAGGAAAUUGACCACGCUGAGAGGGAGCUGCGCCGUGGCCAGAUCCUGUGGUUCCGAGGCCUGAACCGCAUCCAGACACAGAUUGAAGUAGUCAAUACUUUCAAGAGCGGGGCCUCCUUUCAGGGCGCCCUGCGGAGACAGUCCUCGGUCACCAGCCAGAGCCAGGACGUAGCCAAUCUCUCUAGCCCUAGUCGCGUGUCGUUGUCCAAUGCUCUUUCCUCUCCGACCAGCCUUCCACCUGCUGCAGCUGGGCAGGGCUAGAGAACCCUGGACACAGAGUUCAGCAAGAGAGAGUGAAAUUAAAAGAGAUCCGCGUCGUGAAGGCCUUCCGUAGCUCUCUCUAUGAAGGGUUAGAAAAGCCUGAGUCUAGAACCUCCAUCCAUAACUUCAUGGCUCAUCCUGAAUUCCGGAUCGAAGAUUCACAGCCCCACAUCCCUCUCAUCGAUGACACGGACCUGGAAGAAGAUGCCGCGCUCAAGCAGAACUCGAGCCCGCCGUCAUCACUCAAUAAGAACAACAGCGCCAUCGACAGUGGGAUCAACCUGACGACCGACACGAGCAAAUCAGCUACCUCUUCAAGUCCAGGGAGCCCCAUCCACAGCCUGGAGACGUCGCUUUAGCUGAGGACCUGUCGCCCACCUGCUGGCCACCCCCACAGACCCACUCCCACCUGUCUCCUGGGCACCCUCCAGCCCCGGCUCUCCACGCAGCAGGAGCAACAAGGAAACCAAACACUGGAGAGAAACCGCCGUUGCCGCCCACAGACCCUCUCCCUGGCUGCGAUGCUGUUUGAACUCUUUUUCACUUCAAGGCAAGGGGCGGACUUCCCCUGGGAGCACUGAGAGCGAGAGAAGGGUUCCCAAACAAUCCCUUCCUGGCUCUCACCCAGACACGGACCAGCCAUGCACCGCCGGCCACCACGUCCCCGCAUGAAUGUACUGGACACUUUCGAUCCUCCCCUCAUUGGGUGUUUGGGGGGCUGGGAGGGUUUUUUUGUUUGUUUGUUUGUUUUCUUAGGCGGGAACUUCAAACAGACUCUUUUCUGAGACUAUUUAUCUAAUCCACUGGUCUGUGAGUUUUUGAAAUGCUUGCACAGCAUGGUCUCAGUUGUAUAGAUUAAUUUAAUAACUUUUUGAAAUUGCAGAGUUUAAUUCGCCUAAUAGAUUUGCACCAAUGGAACUGAAGAACUCAUAGACACAAGGUUAUAUCCAUUUCUUUAUAUCUAUAUCAACGUAUACUUCUCCAGGACUGUAUACGUCCAUAUAGAUAGGUAGAGAUUAUAUAUAUAUAUAUACAUAUAUAUAUAAAAUAUAUAUAUAUACAUGGAUAUAUAAAGUCUCUUUGCCGGCAUGUUGCCUUGUUUCUGCUUAAAUUGCUCUAUUUUAACUUAUUUAUGUCCUAAAGAGAAGAAUGUAAUUUGUUUACAAACCUGUAGAUAAUGUCUUUGGCUAUUUGUAUGGUCCAAGAACACUGGUGGCUGAGAUGCUACGAAAACAGCUUGGCCCCGCAGACACCUCCCCGGAUUGCAUCCUUGAUGUUUUACAAUAGCCAUGCUCUUAUUUUUGCCUGCUGUUUCCGUUUCGAUCACAUUACUACUGUGGACGGCUCAGGCCAAAGCCAGUGCUACUGAGGAUCCAUCCCGCAGGGUUUACCAACACGCUCCGUAGACAAAGGGAGAGCAGGAGAGAAGGUCCUGCAUUUGCAACGCAAGUGCCCAGCUCAGCCCAUGGGUGUCAGAGUCUGCAAGGUGCUAGGCAAAGGCUUUCUCUCGAUGAAACUCUCUGGAGUUUACCAGGAGCAUUUCCAAAAUAGGUUGACUUUGGCACUGUCUGUAGAGAGGGUGAGGCAGUGAUAAAAUUUUACAAAUGGUAUUGUGUUGAUUUUGUUUUUUAGUUAGUAAAUUAAAGGUUUAUUUCUUUAUAAAGGGUGGCAUAGGAGUUGUUGGCAUAUCAGAUGAAGCUUGGUAUAGCUUGCUGCUUUUAUUUUUAUUUUUGAAAAAGAAUAGCCUUUUUCUCUGCACUAUUUCGAUCCGAAUGAACCUUAUGAUGUAUAUAUUGAGAUGGAUUCAGUGUGAUUUUUUAAACCAAAUUGUCUUCCUGUAGUCACAACAUAUACUGUAGCCUUUUAACAGCAAGUCUUGCGUCCCCAGACAGAAAGCCAUUCUGAACCCUUCCGUGUCACAGGUGAGAAAGGCAGUUAUUUUCCCCAAGACAAUAACAGCACUAGUAAUCCCACUUAAUAAGAGCUCAUUGAAUUGUCUGUCGGCCUCUAAACUGCUAAGCACUUUGUGGGUCUCAGCUUUUUUCAUAAAAGAACUUUUGUAUUUAAUACAAAGUUUGCUUUGAGAUUUUUCGGCAUAUGAUCUUUUUCCAUAAACUUGUACAGUGCAAAAGACAUUUUGAAUACCAUGAUUGAUGAUGAUGUCCCAUGCUUCAAAGAAAACCAAACACUUUCACCUGGCUUGCAAAAUCCAUUCCUCAUGCUGACCCUCCCCGUGACUGCUCAGUGUCAGCCUGCCUCCGCCCUCCUCCAGGCCCAGAGAACUCUUCCACUAACAAGAUGAGAGCCACUUGGGAACAGAGCCAUAGUCAGCUGGGAGGCCUACGUCUAACAGCUAUGGAAAACCUGAGAGGUUUGGGGUUCAAAGUCAGCCAAUCCCACCCGGCAUAACCUCUCUGUAAGGAGGACCUUCUGUGCAAGAGAGCACCGCCUGAAUGUUGUGAAGAACUCUCUCUGAAUGUAUCCAUCGGAGGACACUGCAUCCCCAGCCACACUGCAUUACCAGCCCUCACAGAUUCUGGUACAAACACCACCAACGCCUGCCUGCCGCACUCCUCCAAGGACGGAUGGAUGUGCAGCCUGGAAAGCUUGCAGCGCCGUGGUUUUUUGGAAUUUCCCUUCUCAUUUUUUUCAUCUUCCCUUUCUCUGUUUGACCAUGCAUCCGUGACCUCACUCCAGACCGUCGGAUUCCACGCCAGGCUCCCUGUGCUGCGGAGGCAUCCCCAAGCAGUGUGCAGGGAGCCCUGAAAGCACCAAGAAUGCCUGACACACACAUCCGUCUCUUCGAGUCAGGAAGGAUGAUCACACAUGUGCCCCCUCACUCAUAUGUUCACACACAUCCACACACGCACGCACACAGGAAAUGGAUGGUUUGUCAAAACUCACUGUAGUACACAAAGCUUGCACUCUGCGUCCUAUAUCUAGCAGCAUGGGGUACGUUUGGCAACUCACCCCACUAGGGGGUCAAUAAUUUAUGACCAUUCAUCUGUUUUUAUGAAUUUUUUUAUCUAGACAACAAUUGUAAAUAAAGAACUCACCAUCUCUGUUCAUUUAAUACUAUGCAAUGGUUAUGCUUUCGAUUGCUGAUUCUUCUGCCUCCUCAGUGUGGUUCUGAAAUGUCUGUGGUUUUACAAAAAGAAAGAAAGAAAGAAAGAAAGAA